GCCGAUCCCUACAGUUUUGCCGACGGAAUCGCCGCCAAUAGUUCCAACAAUUAUACUUAUGUUAAGCCAAAGACAACUAUCGCUAAAAAUACUGCAAAUGUGUCGAAAAAGAGAAAGAAAAGUGAUUUAAAUGUUUUGACACAAAACUCAAGUCUUUUAAGUAACGGACAACUCAUUCAUCCGUCGAUUACAACGAAAGUGAUUGCAAGUAAUCCUAAGAAGAAAAGUGUUGUCAAAAAGAACUCUCAAAACACUAGUAUUUCGGCUUCGGUUCCAUUGAUUAAUACAAACCUUAAUUCAAAUCCAAACAUAAGUGCCGCCAAUAGUAAUAAUACUGUCAGUAAUUCACUCAUCGUUAACAAUAGUGAACAACACAUUAAUCCGUUGACUAGUCUUGUAAGCGAAACGCCCGCUCCGGUGACCCACAGGAACCUUAAUGAUAUUUUGUCGAAUUCAAUGUCGGAUUCGUUUAAAUCAGACAACGGAUCGAUUCUACUUAACGGAAGUCUUCUCACUUCCAAAAAGAAUACAUUCUCUUCUGUUUCAAAGAAAACCAAUUGUGAUAUCAAAGAUUCAAUUAAUAGGAAAUCGUUAUUCCCGGCGAAGAAUUUAGUAACGAAUAGUAAUAACAAUAAUAGCAGUAAGUUAUUAGUGAAUAGUAUGAGUCCAACGCUGACAUCA